AUGUCAUUUGUUGCUCGUGGCGGGUGUUGUGCUCACAAGGAUAUGAAUGCCACAAAAGGUGGUGCCGCUGCCAUGGCUGCCUUCUGGAAGGCAAAUACACAUCUCAUGCCCCCCAUCAAGCUUUUCAAUAAAGAUAACAAUGGCGCUGUGUUGCUUUCGGACCCCUUGGGCAAAACCUCUGAGUCAGAAAAACGGGCACUUUCUUUGACAGAAAGUGGUGCAAUUAGGCUCUGUACGCUUUCCGGGAAGGCAUUCGAUCGCAAGGAUGACAAGAAAGGGCAUCAAGAUAGCCAUGCCUAUUACUUUGCUGAAAAGUACGGCCGAUAUCGUAGAUUUCCCGACACAAGUAGUGCCUGCUUUAGCUUAUUUAUCGAGGCUGCAACAGAGCUUUGCACACUUCACAGCGCAUAUAUUGAAUAUAUGGAGCAUAUCCGAAAGCAGAAAGCAACUAGAAGGCUUAAUCUCCUUGAAUCAAAUAUUGACCUUGCUCUUAACUGCCUUGCUACGCUUGCAGAGCUACUUUGCUUGUCACUUUAUGGUCAAAUUAUCUCAAAGCCUUAUAUACGACUUGUCCGCGGUGCAACAGCACUCGGAAAAGGUCUAGCAGACUUGGUUCCAUUACACACUCAAGUCCAGCCCCUACUUCGAGCUAUUAUAACAUCUCCCUUGCUUGUUUUAUCACUGAAGUCCCCUAGUCCGUCCAUCACACUUGACGGCUCCGAGUGGGAGAAUCCAGGUGUCUUAAAAGCACUUCAGGAUCAUGGGGCAAAACUGCCCUAUCUUUCAGACCUAUUCGUUGUAUUUUGCCAAGGUGCCUUGAAUACAUGGGCUCGUUGCAGCGAUCGAUUUGCCCCGAGUGGCCCAAUUACUUUAUUAAAGUCUGAACAGUACGAAAAUGAGUUCCUGCCGCCAACAAAUGAUUCCAAUGAAGGCACACUAGGUACAUGGCGUGUUUGGGCAAGGCGGUUCCCUAGUCCAGCGUUACACAAGUUUAACGCAAUCCUCAUAAAUAGAGCAAACCAAACCGAAGCUUAUAUUGACCAAAACUUUACGCUCGAGCAACAUAAUUGGAUUCGGGCCGAGGCGAGACGAAUUGAACUGUCAAAACCCGAGCAAACUCGAAAAUCGCAGAUUGUUGCUGCCCAAUUUGAGGCAGCGGCAAAAAACCAAGCAAUGCGGUUACAACGAUUGGACAGACCGAACAAAUGUGAGGAUUACAUUACCGGGAUUCAGCCAAUACUCGACCCGGUGGCAAUACAAAAGAUGGUAGGAAAGGAACUGGAUGACCAACUGAAAUUUUACAAGAAAAUCGUUGUGCUUCCGAGCGGAGUAGCCUUCCCAGUCAUCGGCAAGCUCAAAGUUGCAGAGAAGAGAGCGCUGGUGAUUGGUCUAGCGGAGAAAUCCAAACAAGGAACGUUGUCAAACGAAGCCAGCUCUAGCGCUCCCAAAGUUUAG